CCCCACUCUCACGUCUUCUCACGGAGCGGAUUCAGUCAACAACCUCAAUCCCUCGCCAUCCAUACGUAUGUCUACCCUAACUUUGACCGGAUAGUUCUUUAAGACUCCGGAUAUUUUCCGGAAUGCUAUCGGAAUGACUCUACUGCCAUGAGCAACUCAAACCCUUCGCUGGUGUACUCAUUCGCCAGCUCCUCUUCUCUGGAGCUGCCCGUGAGCGUGAAGAUCAACACCCUAGAAGGCCUUCAUGAGCCGCUACGGCAUUCGACCCUCUUGAGGCAGCCUGAACUUCGCUAUCGAGGCUCCAACCAGAGCCCACAUUCUGAGCUAUAUGUGACUGCGCAGUUAUGGGCAGAUAGUAAGCCUUUGACCGUCGCAGUGCAGACUCCAUAUAAGGUCUUUAAGCACGCGCGAAGAUGGGACGAAUGGCUCACCCUCCCCAUCGACUACUCGACCAUCCCACUCUCUGCCCAGCUCGCCAUCACAGUAUGGGAUCUAUCGCCCGUCGGCUCGGACGAAUGGUCUUCCCACGCCAUUCCCUUCGGUGGAACGACGAUUCCCCUUUACGACCGAGAUAAUACCCUACAAAAAGGAAGGCAGCGAUGUCGGUUACACUUGGACCGCGUAGCGGAUGGAUUGUCCGAGACCACAACCCCAUAUCAACUGCGACAGGAUCGGCGAACGCGAGCGAAUAGCCACGGUGGAGUGAUCACGCACCGCUAUGAACAAGACUCGGAGAUGGGCCGGCUCGAGGCGUUGGUUAAGAAACACGAGAUGAACGAGAUUCCGGAAAACAAGUGGCUGGACCAUCUUGUAUUUCGACAGAUUGAAAAGCUUCAGAGGAGUAGCUUCAAACAAGCAAGGAACUUCCAAAGCCCCGAUUCGGACGAGAAGGACAAGGGUGGAGAGAAGGACUUGUUUUAUCUGUAUAUCGAAUUCCCACGGUUCGAUCACCCCGUGGUCUUCACCGAUCACGAGUAUCCGGCACCCCCUAUUGCAGGUGUCGGCUCUGGCUCCCUCCCCUCCCAUAAACCGCCCGUCGAAGUGUCCGUCGGGCCUGGGAUCGACUCCGGUGACGCGGGCGACCCAGCGAUCGGCCGGAUGGUAAGGAUCUACGACCCCGAAGUCGGGACGAGAGAUAAUCCUCCCGAAAGCAAACAUCGACGAUUGGUUCGAAGUCACCGGACGGGCCUGCUUGAUCGCGACCUCCGGCCCAACGCGAAGAUUCGCGAUGAACUGAACAUGAUCAUGUCGUACGGUCCGACGCAAGAGCUGAAUGCGGAGGAGAAAGAUCUGGUGUGGAAGUUCCGGCAUCAUCUUACCCGCGAUAAGCGAGCUCUUACGAAGUUCGUGAAGUCGGUCUCGUGGACGGACGCCAAUGAGUCGAAGCAAGCCGUUCAGAUACUGCCGCGAUGGACGGAGAUUGAUGUGGAUGACGCGUUGGAGCUGCUCGGCUCGACAUUCGAUAAUCCUGCCGUGCGAGCAUACGCAGUGGAUCGACUGCGCAAGUCGGAUGACGAAGAUCUUUUGGUCUACCUCCUUCAACUGGUACAAGCGCUGAAGUUCGAGCCAUUAGCACAGCCAACGGAAGAUGGGAGUGAGCCUCAGGACUCAUCGUUGGCUUCAUUCCUCGUCAGUAGAGCCGCGAACAAUUUCGUGCUGGGCAAUUACCUCCACUGGUACCUGAUGGUCGAGUGUGAUGACCGAUCGCCUGAACAAGAGCAAGAACAUAGAAGGCUAUUCGCAAAAGUGGAAUAUGAGUUCAUGACACAGCUCAUGAAGCACCCUCAGGGGCAGGCGACACGAAAGAUCUUGCUGAGACAAGGCGAGCUGGUUGCGGUCCUGUCGAAAUUAUCGAAGGACAUUCGAAACUCACGGGAGGACCGAAUACGAAAGGUCGAGACCCUCAAAAAAUUCCUCGCGGACCCCAAAAACGAUAUGGUCCAGAUCGAUCCUCCGUUACCUCUCCCCUUGGACCCAACCGUGUCGGUGGUCGGAUGCUACCCCGAAGACAGUAGCGUGUUCAAAUCCAGCCUCCUCCCUCUCUACAUCAACUUCAAAACCUCUGACGGCCGCCAAUACCCCAUCCUCUUCAAAACCGGCGACGACCUCCGCCAAGACCAGCUCGUCAUCCAAAUCAUCACCCUCAUGGACCGCCUCCUCCAAAAGGAGAACCUCGACCUCAAACUCUCCCCCUACCGCAUCCUUGCCACCGCCACCGUCGCUGGCGCCGUCCAAUUCGUCCCCUCCAUGACUCUCUCCAACGUCGUCACCCGCCACCGCUCCAUCCUCGCCUACCUCCGCGCCAACAACCCCGACGACCGCGCCCCCCUCGGCGUCCGCCCCCUCGCCAUGGACACCUACGUCAAGUCCUGCGCCGGCUACUGCGUUAUCACCUACAUCCUCGGCGUCGGCGAUCGUCACCUCGACAACCUCCUCCUCGCCCCCACCGGGCACUUCUUCCACGCGGACUUCGGCUACAUCCUCGGCCGCGACCCGAAGCCGUUCGCCCCGCUCAUGAAGCUCCCGCGGGAGAUGGUCGAUGGGAUGGGCGGCGCACAGCACCAGUACUACCAGCAGUUCCUGCAGCACUGCUUCACAGCGUACACGACGCUGCGCAAGAGCGCGAACCUGAUCCUGAACCUGUUCGCGCUGAUGAGCGAGGCGAACAUCCCGGACAUCCGCAUCGAGCCGGAUAAGGCGGUGCUGAAGAUCCAGGAGCGGUUUCAUUUGGAGUUGACGGAGGAGGAGGCGAUUCGGCACUUUGAUGCCUUGAUUCAGGAUAGUGUGAAUGCGUUUAUGCCGGUCGUGAUUGAUCGGUUGCAUGGUUUAGUCCAGAAUUGGAGGGCUUGAUGAGCUUUAGAGAGUAUAUGUCUCCCGCUUGAAUGAAUGAUACCCAUGAA